CUCCCCACCCUGCGGGUGCGGAAGUCAGACGACCCGCCUCCAACCCCGGAAGUCAGCCCUCACCCUGCCCCGCGGGUCCGGAAGUCAGUCGGCCCGCCCCCAACCCUGGAAGUCAGCGGACCCAGGCCUCCCCUGCUGCGUCCGCCGGUCUGCGUUUUCGAGAAUAUCUGGGCAGCGACUCAGAGCCGGGUCCCGGGGGCCAGCGUCUUGACUGUACUGGUCUGCAGGCUCCUGGUCUCCUGUUGAGAGUGGUGCCCACACGGUCCAGGGAUGUACAUGCAGGUGGAGACGCGUACCAGCUCCUGCCUUCAUUUGAAGAGGGCUCCGGGCAUCAGAUCCUGGUCUCUGCUAGUUGGAAUAUUGUCGAUUGGCCUGGCUGCUGCCUACUACAGUGCAGAUAGUCUGGGCUGGAAGCUCUUCUAUGUCACGGGCUGCCUGUUCGUGGCCGUACAGAACCUGGAGGAGUGGGAGGAAGCUGUCUUUGACAAGAGCACUGGGAAGGUCGUGCUGAAGACGUUUAGCUUGUAUAAGAAGCUGCUGACUCUUUCCAGAGUCGGCCAUGACCAAGUGGUGGUCCUGUUGAAUGACAUCCGGGACGUGAACGUGGAGGAAGAGAAGGUGCGGUACUUUGGGAAAGGCUACGUGGUGAUGCUGCGCUUUGCGACGGGCUUCUCCCACCCCCUCACCCAGAGCGCUGUCAUGGGCCACCGCAGUGACGUGGAAGCCAUCGCCAUGCUCAUUGCCACCUUCCUGGAGCUGCACCGCCUUGAGAGUCCCAUGGAGCUGUCUCAGAGCAGCGACAGCGAGGCCGACGGCCCUGAGAGCCAGAGCUGACCCCCCUGGAGCCCCUGGCCUUGGUUCUGACAGCACUUCGGCAGGCCUGAUGGGCCACCUGCCCAUCUCCCUCCUCACCCGACUGAGUCCCUGGCAGCCCCAGGGAGGCAUUCUGCUGCUUGAUCUGCCCUCUGAGCAAAACCACAGCUGGACCUUCUCUGCAGCCUCCAACGGGUGCAGGAAGGGCAUAGGCCUCCUGGAAACACAGUGCCUGAACAGUGUCGGUGUGACAGGGCUGGGGCCAGCAUUCCUGCCGAGAUGGAGCACUGGAGUGGGGAGGUUUGCCAGCUCACGUCCCACGGGGAUCCAGCGCGCAGGUUACAGUGGUGCUUCAGCAGGCCAGCGUGGGGCCAGCGGCUGGGUCAGGCUCUGCAGACACGGAGGCCAGCGUGUUCCUGGGAUCCCAGCGUCUUCUCCGACCGGCCCCACACAGCAUCCUUCUCCUGUCCAGACGUCCCCAGUAGUCACAAGUGCUUGCCUGUGGACACUGUGGGGCUCUUCUGGUUGCUGCAAACCGCUCUGUACCAAGGUGGCUCAUCUCGUAUCCAAGCAGGACUACAGCUGGGCUAUCACGGGGAGCAGCCCCUCCCUCCCCUCAGCCCAGGCCAAGGCUACUUGGCAAGAAAAGAGGUUAUCUUGUCCAGCGUCAUGCAUUCAAACCAGGACCUCGCCCUUAGAAAUCAGAGUCCCAGCUUCUCUCAACCCUGGGAAGACCUGGCAGUUGGGCUUGUUGGUAUGUGGCAGGAAGUGGGCUGUGCCCAUGCAAGCUGGACCCCGAGAGAAGAAGCUUCAAAGCUGCAUCUGGGAACUGCCGGGGAGAGCUCAGGAAACCGGGGAUCGCCCAAAUCAGGGCUGCAGCUGUCUGGGGGACAGUAAGGACAGCAGUUGCUGGCAUCUUCUCUUCUCGGCAGCCAGCCCUUAGUUUGGGAACAGUCAUUUAAAGCUGCCCACUUAGGUUUUUCAAUGGCCAAAUCUGAAAUGCUUUUUCCCUAAAAUAAAGAGUGAAAUGCUGUA